CGCUUAAAGAGCUCUUCGCUGAUCCCGGAGAUUGCACAGUCGCGCCGAAGUCAAGCACCUACCGUCAGCUGUAACCUCAUUGGUUCUACGCCGUGCAUAUUUUCCUUGAUCUUCGGAAGGAACUAGGAAACCGUACGCGACCAGGACUCAUUCGAAACCGUUCAGCACCGUGUAGUGGCAAGCAUGGUCCGGACAACUCAAGCGACCAGUCUCACCUUUUCCUCUUCGCCUUAUUUCGACGACAGGGGCUCUCAGGGACAUGCAGAACCGAUUACGGAACGUGUUAAUCCACAUUCACGACCUAUCGUUUCGUACUACUUCCCCAAAGGCGUCGGCGCCCAACAUUAUGGAGUACGAGAACAUCACCCCAUGAAGCCACACAGGUUGACGCUGACGAACGCGUUGGUGCUGGGCUAUGGUCUCGACAAACAGAUUCAUAACAUCUACAAUCCACGACCUGCCACGCAAACGGAACUCGAAGCGUACCAUGAUCACGAUUACAUCGAAUUCUUGUCUCGAGUGACGCCGCACAAUCAAAACGACAUGAAGCAAAUGAUCGACUCAUUUAAUUGCGUCGAGGACUGUCCGAUAUUCUCGGACAUGUACGACUUCUGCAAGAUGUAUGCUGGUGCAUCAUUAGCCGCGGCGCGGAAGCUCUGCGCUGGAACAACUGACAUUGCCAUCAAUUGGAGCGGUGGCUUGCAUCACGCGAAAAAGGCGGAAGCCAGCGGUUUCUGCUAUGUGAAUGACAUCGUAUUGGCAAUUUUGGAGCUCCUGCGAUUUCAUCCUCGUGUGUUGUACAUCGACAUCGACAUCCACCAUGGUGACGGUGUCGAGUUCGCCUUCUAUCACACGAACCGCGUCAUGACCGUUUCCUUUCACAAAUACACUGGCGACUUCUUCCCCGGGACCGGCAAACUCGAUGACAACGGCACUGGCCCCGGCAAGCACUUCUGUCUCAACGUCCCGCUAAAGGACGGCAUCGACGACGAUAUGUAUCUCGCCACGUUCAAGACCGUCAUCGAAGAUACUGUCGCCUCCUUCCGCCCAACCGCCAUCGUGCUCCAGUGCGGUGCGGAUUCCCUCGGUUGCGACCGCCUCGGAGCGUUUAACCUCUCAAUCGCCGCUCACGGCGAGUGCGUCAACUUUGUACGCAAGUUCAACGUCCCGCUCCUCGUGCUCGGCGGCGGCGGGUACACGAUCAAGAACGUCUCGCGCUGCUGGACAUACGAGACCUCCGUGCUCGUCGGCGCCGCGAUCCCGGACGAGCUGCCUGUCACGAUGUAUGACUCCUUCUUCCGCGAGACGAAGUGGAAGCUGCACCCGCCGCUCACCGGGCGCGUCGAGAACCAGAACACAGCCGCGUCCCUGCAGCGCAUCACGAUUGCCGUCCGGAACAAGCUGCGCUACCUUCAGGGCGCACCGAGUGUCGCGCUGCAGGACAUCCCCCCGGACCUUGCCGGGUGGCUCGCAGACGAAGAGCGCUCGCGGGAGGAGAAGGACGAGGAGCACAGCACGGCCACCGCUGGGGAGACCCGUGACGACCGUUCAAUCGCACGGAACGAGUUCUUCGACGGGGACAGGGAUAACGACGCGGACACAGCGGAUGAGGUGCCUUUGUCGCAGGCGGCACCAGCGAAACCCAGGGCGUCCGCGAGCACUGCUGGGCGGAAGCCGCGCGGUGGCAGGCGUGGCAGAGGGCGGGGUCGCGGGAAGGCCGUAUCCGCCACUGAGUCAAUCGCGUCCGUGGCGUCCGCGGCAGGCGACGAUGACGAGGAGGCCGAUGAGCCGAGUCCUGUAAGGACGACCAGGACGAGGGGUCGUGGACGAGGGAGAGGACGACCGAGGGGGACGAGGUCACAGGCGAAGGAGAAGGAGAAGGACCCUGAGGACACACCUCCUGCGGAUGAUGCCAGUAUGGAUGUCGACCAGGAACAACUGGAUGUUUAA